AAGCGACACAAUAAAGAUAUCCUCAUAUUUAUUUUUUGCCAUUAUUUCAUAACUCUUGUGAUGCGAAGGUUUUUCAUCAUAACAGACAUCUGGUUUUAUUUUCUUUGAUUGAUUCAGUGAAGGAAUUUAAUUUAAUUUUAACAAUUUAUCGCCGUUUAUUUUAUCGUUUCUGUUGUUUUGCGUGCAAUGAAAUUCAUUCACGCAGCGAAACAAUUUAUUACAAUCCGUUCGUGGAAAGUGUUUCACAAAAAAGCAUUCAGUCCGAAGUAUCUAUUGUAUACAAAUUGCUGUAUUUCAGUGUCAUUGUCGAGCGUGGGUGAUUUCCUUGAGCAACAGUAUGAGCUUUAUACCAAAGAUAUCGAAAAAUAUAGCAGUAAACGAACGUUUCAUAUGGCAUUAUCGGGAUUAACCGUUGGUGUUGCAUGCCAUUAUUGGUAUAAAUUCAUUGAUGCACGCAUUCCGGGUAGAAGUUUAUCGAUUGUAUUGCAAAAAGUAUUUUGGGACCAAAUCAUUUGCAGCCCGAUUGUGAUAUCAACAUUCUUUAUAACGCUUGGUUUGCUGGAACGAACGAGCAAAGAUGAGAUUAUUAGAGAAAUUAAGGAAAAAGCAUGGCGACUUUAUCUGGCAGAAUGGACGGUGUGGCCACCCGCACAAAUUAUCAAUUUCUACUUUCUUCCCAACCGCUAUCGCAUUUUGUAUGACAACACAAUCUCAUUAGGCUACGAUGUAUACACCUCCAAAGUGAAACAUGGGAAAUAAGAUUCUUCGGGGGAAUUCAUUUGAAAUAUGGUUACCACUGGCUCAAUGUUGCACGUCACGAAUAUGUAUUUGGAUUUGAAAGAAACUGUAAAUAUUGAUUGUAAACUUUCAAACAUAUCUGAUAUUAGAUGAAUAAAUUUUUAACGC